CCCCAACAGGAACGUCUGGCAUGGAGCGCAUCAAGCAAUUGACCUCGCAUCUCUCUGGGAGCUCGAAUGGCCUCCCUGCCUUGCAUCGCAAGAGCCCGGACGACGUGGUCGUCACCAUGGCCAUAAGGAGUCCGCUGUGCAAGUCUAAGAAGGGAGGAUUCAAGGACACCAGGAGUGACGAACUCCUUAUAGAAAUGUUCAAGAAAGUGAUAGCGCACUCCAAAGUGGAUCCCGCCUUGGUUCAAGAUAUAUGCGUUGGAGCUGUCCGCAUUCCAGAUCCUGUGUAUGAAGCUCGCUCUGCUGCACUAGCGGCGGGAUUUCCGGACACCACACCCGUGCAGACGAUCAACCGGUUCUGUUCAUCAGGUUUGAUGAGCGUGACGACGAUUUCGAAUCAGAUUCGAGCAGGGCAGAUUGAAAUCGGUCUCGCUCUCGGCGUCGAGAGCAUGACAGCACACCCGGACAAGCCAGCUUCACCUCCGAGUGAGGAGAUUGCUGCACACCCGGUCGCAAAGGAUUGUUCCAUGCCCAUGGGAUGGACAUCCGAAAACGUGGCUCAAGACUUCGACAUCAGCAGGGAAGACAUGGAUGCCUUUGCCGCGAUGUCAUUUCAGCGCGCCGAGGCCGCUCAGAAAGCCGGUUAUUUUGACAGAGAGAUUGUGCCAUUCAACGCGUAUGCCCGGGAUCCAGGGACUGGCAAGCGCUCUAUCGUCGUUAUUACGAAAGACGAUGGGAUCAGACCUGGGACGACCAGGGAAGCGCUGGGUAAAGUCAAGCCUGCCUUUCCCCAGUGGGGCAGGGCGCAAACCACAGGCGGGAAUGCGUCUCAAAUCACCGACGGCGUCGCGGCAGUUAUGCUCAUGACCAGGAGGAAAGCGGAAGAAUUGGGUUUGCCCAUAUUGGCUAAGCACGUCACGACGUCGGUGGCCGGUCUCGCACCGAGGAUCAUGGGCAUCGGACCGUCCAUCGCCAUUCCCAUGGUUCUAGAAAAGGUCGGAAUCACAAAGGAAGAUGUUGAUCUUUUCGAGAUAAAUGAAGCGUUUGCUUCCAUGUACGUGUAUUGCGUUCGCAAACUGGGCCUGGACAUCGACAAGGUCAAUGUGAAUGGCGGCGCCAUUGCGCUCGGACACCCGCUAGGGUGCACCGGUGCCAGACAGAUCGCGACCGGGCUCAACGAGCUUGAACGACGAGGCGGGAAGAUAUUGGUAACCAGCAUGUGUAUCGGGUCUGGCAUGGGGGCUGCGGCUGUGUUUGUUCGAGAUUGA